AUGAGAUCCUUCACUUUCUCUCUGAGCCUAAGCCUAUGCCUAGCUCUAUCCCAAAGCGCUGUCUCCCUCACCAUUGACUCCCAACCUUCGCUCCUCCAAUUUCGCACUCCUAAAAUCACCGCCGAUUCGUUGCACAAUGUGUACCUCGACUUCGCCGACUCCUCCUUCGAGGGAGACCUGCAUAUUGUCUACGGGAACUGCGAAAAGGCCUCAGUAGACAGUCAUCACCAUUCUCUCGGCACUCUCUCCAUCAAACGAGACGCCCUCCCUGAGCGCAUCGUCUGGAUCACACCCCCGGACGCUCCUCACCUUCACUGCCUGCACGCCUUUCAUAACGAGCUCGGUUUGAUUGCCCGCUCCGAGCCCAUCCCCGUUACCUCGCCCAUUGUCCGCCGCGAGCCACUCGCAAUUGCCGACUACGCCGACGCAAUGGGUCCCUGGUUCGAUGGCGUCGCAUACCUCUCCGCGCAAGAACCGGGCAAGACCGCCGUCGCCAGUGCAAAGAACUCUUCCAUUGCCAUCAUCGGCGGUGGGAUGUCUGGUCUUAUGACCUCACUGCUGCUGUCUUCAGUGGGCAUGCACAACUGGCAUAUCCACGAAUCUUCGCACCGCAUCGGCGGCAGGAUCCGCACGCAGUACCUGAACAACACGCGCCCGGAUCAGUACCAGUACCAGGAAAUGGGCCCUAUGCGGUUCCCAGUGAGUAUUACGUACCCUGAGCAGAAUGAGACCCUCGAGAUCCAGGACCAUAAGAUGGUCUUCCAGCUGGGCAGGGUCCUCACGGAGAUGAACGAGAAGACGCACCCCGAGCUCCGGGUAGACUUUAUCCCCUUCAUCCAGAACAGCGAUAACGUCCCCGCAGCUGCUGGGGGGAACCGCCUCUCCAACGGCCGGAUCCCGACCGCUGGCGAAGUGGCAGCGGACCCGGACCUCGUCUAUACAGCCGCCGGGCCGAACGAAACGGUCGUGGAAGAGGCCGAGGCCGCAUACAGUGCAUACAUCGACCACGACGGCCUAUCCGCAAAGAAAGUGGCAGACAACAUUUUCCGCGCGCACAAGACGGCCGUCGAGCACGGGCUCUUCCACUGGUCUGAGGCCGGCUACCUCCGCUACGCACUCGGGUACUCCGACAAUGUGACCGACUACGUCGCCGGCUCAGGGCCGGAGAGUCCCAUGUGGGGAGAUAUUUAUGACAAUGUCUACUUCUCUGCGACCGAGUUCCGCACGAUUGACAAGGGCCUUGAGUCUUUCCCGCGCGCAUUCUAUCCGCACGUUGCGAACAAGACGACCUUUGGACGCAAGAUCACAGGCCUAAAGUACAACCAGACAACGUCCAAGAUCGCGGUCACCUGGCGCGACGAUCCACUAGCUCAGGUUCCAAGCAGUGAAGAUUAUGACUACGCGGUCGUUGCGGCGCCAUUUAGCAAGGUUCGAUUGUGGGAUCUCCCGCGUUACUCGAGCCUGCUUUCCCGCGCAAUCAAUGAGAUGAACUACAGUCCGAGCUGCAAACUGUCUCUGCUAUAUGAGACGCGUUUCUGGGAGCACCAGUCACAGAAUCCUAUCUUCGGGGGUUGCGGGAGUGUCGACGUUCCGGGUGUCGGGUCGGUCUGCUAUCCGAGUUUCAACAUGAACGGCACUGGGCCUGGUGUUGUUCUGGCCUCUUACAUCUCCGGCACACAGGCGAGGUCUGUUGGAGCUCUGAGCGAUGAGGAUUACGUGGGAAUCGUACAGCGAGCGAUGGUGGAAUUCCAUGGCCCGGUUGCCGCAGAACAGUUUACCGGUAUAUACAACCGUCAAUGCUGGGAGAUGGAUGAGCAUCAGGCCGGUGCAUGGGCGAGUCCGCUCGUAGGGCAACAAGAUCUGUUUCUGCCGGCUUACUACAACACCGAGUUUAAGACAAUCUUCAUCGGCGAGCAUACGAGCUACACGCAUGCCUGGAUCUUUUCUGCACUGGACUCUGCCGUUAGAGGAACGACGCAGUUACUUUUAGAUCUUGGGCUUGUGGACGAGGCGAAGCAAAUCGUGGAAGAGUGGAUGGGCCGUUGGAUUAAGCUGUAG